CUCGAAGAACUGAGAAACGCGACAAAACCAAUCGUCCUCUUCCGAUAGCCACAAAACAAAAAUCAGACAAGAAGAAAGAAGAACGUUUCUUCUAACAGAUAGAGAUUACAAUCAAAUUGACUCUUAAUUUCUCAAUUCCGUAUCUCUCAUUUCAUCUUCUUCUUCUUCUCCUUUACUUAAGGAUCUCUGGUUUCUCUUUCUCUCCUCUGUCUUAUCUUCUCCAAAGUUACGCUUUUUUUCAAUGAAAACAUUUUCUUGAUUCCUGAUUUCAAAUUUCACAAUCUGGAUUUCGUGUUUCGAAUUCACUUUGAAGAAAAAGUUUCUCAAUUUCGCCUGAAAACCCACAUGGGAUUGGAACUAAACACUAGACUGACAAGAAGAAGAAGAGUAAUCAUCAUCGAGUGUUUAUUACGAUUAUGUCCUUAACGAAAUCUUCAGAAUCAGUUUUCACUGAAGAAGAAGAAGAAGAUUCCUUUAGCGGUCGAUACACGUUAUGGAUCAAAGAAGCAUUAGAGGAGCUUCCACACAAUUUCACAAUCACCGACCCGUUUAUUUCGGGUCACCCGAUUGUUUUCGCGAGCUUAGGGUUUUUGAAAAUGACUGGCUAUUCACGAGAAGAAGUGAUCGGAAGAAACGGUAAAGUUUUUCAAGGACCUAAGACUAAUCGAAGAUCGAUCAUGGAGAUUCGUGAAGCGAUUCGUGAAGAGAGAUCAGUGCAAGUGAGCUUGUUGAAUUAUCGUAAAUCUGGGUCUCCGUUUUGGAUGUUGUUUCAUAUGUGUCCUGUUUUUGGGAAAGAUGAUGGUAAAGUCACCAAUUUUGUGGCGGUUCAGGUCCCGAUUUCGGGACGAGAACAUCAUCGGAAGAAGUUGAGAAAUGUCGGAGAUUUGUCGUCGGAUACUUCUCCGACAUUUGGUUCUUGUCGAAGAGAGGUUUGUUUUGGUAAUUUCGUGUGUCAGGAUCGAGCUUUACCAGUGGAAUGUGAUGAUGAUGAACAAGGAUUAGAGGAUUGGGAACAGUGUGAAGCGAGUGAGUCCGAGAAGCUGAAAGCUACGGAAGCUAUUAACAAUGUGUUAUCUAUCUUAGUGCAUUACAGCGAGUUGAGUGGUAGAUUAGUCUGCGGAAAGCGGUACUGCUUGCGAGGAGUAGAUUGUCUAAGCUCGUCGUUAGUUAUUUCUCUCGGUAGAAUCAAACAAAGUUUCGUAUUAACCAAUCCAUGCUUACCAGACAUGCCUAUCAUUUAUGCGAGUGAUGCCUUUUUGACACUGACCGGUUACAAGAGACAGGAAGUGUUGGGACAAAACUGUAGAUUUCUGAGUGGGGUUGAUACUGAUUCCUCAGUACUAUACGAGGUAGAGAUUGCGUUUUAACUUGUUAAUUAGUAUAUGGCAUGAUUGAUAAUUGUGAAUGUUUUAUUUGGUUCAGAUGAAGGAAUGCAUCUUAAAGGGACAAUCAUGCACAGUGCAAAUACUAAAUUACAGUAACAGAAAAGAUAAGAGCUCAUUUUGGAAUCUUCUUCACAUCUCACCAGUUCGUAAUGCUUCAGGCAAGGUACAUAUCCCUUCAUGACUACAUACUUCCUGUUACCAAAUCCUUUUGUCUUUCAUUUUUUGGCCUUGAUACAAAACCCGAAUAUGACAUGUAGAACUGAAAGUAAUUAGUACAGUUACUGAUUUCUGCUUUUUUUAGACAGCAUAUUUUGUGGGUGUUCAAGUAGAAGCAAGUUGUAGAAAUACUGAAAUUAAAGAGCUGAGACCAGAGACGAGACAACUGAGUGUUGUCGGUGCGGUUAGAGUUGCGGUUAGAAGCUCAUUGAUGGUGACAUGCUAAUAUACGCCAGAAAGAAAAUGCGUCGACUUAGAGAAGAGUCUAAAGUGAAUUGGACAUACAUCUUUACUAUAUGUAUAAUCAUUUGACAUACUACAUUAAUAUAAGUCUUUAUUUUACCG